AUGGGUUCUCCUUGGCCGUUUGCUGCUUGGGGAAUGGAUGUUAUUGGGCCCAUAGAGCCUCCUGUGUCCAAUGGACACCGUUUCAUCUUGGUUGCUAUCGAUUACUUCACAAACGACCUGAUGAGAGAGAUUUGCAAAAGGUUUAAGAUCUCUCAUCGAAAUUCCACAGCAUAUCGACCACAAAUGAAUGGAGUAGUUAAAGCUGCAAACAAAAAUAUCAAGAGGAUUUUGAGGAAGAUAGUGGACGGUAAUAGAGAAUGGCAUGAGAAGUUGCCAUAUACUUUACUUGGAUAUCGUACCACAUUCAGAACUUCUACUGGGGCAACUCCCUACAUGUUGGUUUAUGGAUCAAAAGUAGUGAUACCUGCAGAAGUAGAGAUACCUUCGUUGAGAGUCAUUUAG